GAGUCUGAAGGAGGAUGAAGAAGGUCACACCGACUCAGACGUAACCCCAGGCCACAGAUUCAAGGUCAUCGAGAGCAGAAUCCGUUUCCCAACAGAGGAAACAUACCAUUCAACAACGUCGAAAGUUGCGUAUUUUAAGAGGAAAUAUGCGGAGGAGGAGGAUUUGCACGGAGGCCUACGAGGAUAUUUUCAAAAACACCUGAUCCUGCAGGAGGAGCGGAGCUGCAUCCGGAAACUGUCGCUGGAGAAGCUCAGGUUCCUGGAGGACCCGGAGGUUUAUCUGAGGCGCUCCGUCCUCAUUAACAACCUGCUGAGGAAGAUCCACCAUGAAGAGGAGAAGCUGGAAGCAGAGGAGGAAGAGGAGGCAGAGGGUGAGGUAGAGGAAGAAGAAGAGGAAAAGGUGAUGGUUGGUGGGGCAAAGGGCCGGGACUGGUUGGUGCACCCUGACAGGAAGAGAGUGAAGGUUCUGGUGACAGACUGCUGCCCCCAGCCGUGUGGCCUGGAGGAGCUGCAGAGCUACAAGCUGGUGCCCUGCUACGCCCCCGCAGGCUGCCUGUACGGCUUCCAGACCUGCUCAGGCCUCCGUCCACACCAGGUGCUGCUGUGCAACGUGGACGACCACGGCUGACCUGACCCAAGCGUUUCCAGUGGUCCCAGAGUCCGUUCACACCUGGUUGCAUGUCAGAGGCAGCCUGAAAAUGUGACCAGCUUCACUGGAGGUUGCAAGCUCCGCCUCCUUCAGGGUGACACCUCCUCUCUUCUCUGACAGGGAGCACUUGAGAGCCCGAGGAACUCGAUGAGCCGCAGGAUCAACGGGGCAUUGAGCUGAGGUCCAGCUCCGCUUUUUGAAGCUUCUCUGUCAUUCUCUUGUGGUUUUGUUGUUAUUGUUUGUCAUUAGAAAAACAAUUGUCAUUAGACAUUAGUCUAAUAUUUGUUAAAGUUUCAUUAAAACGUGGCUAAAGAAUUGUAUUUAAGAAAUGAAAGCUCCCACGUCAUUCAUGAUAAAAUCAUUCAAAAGGUGCAUAAUUGUUUUGCUCUCAUAUAUAAUCAGAUUAUUUCUGGAGAAAGGAAAAUUCUCAAAACUCGACUUAAUUAGUACUGCUAUAAACGAUUAUUUUAAUAGUUGAAUAAUCAUUGAUUAUUUUUACUGAUUAGUCGACUAAUCGGGUCAUGUGCAAAGUGGAUGUUAAGCACACAUCUUAACCAAUAUUAGCUUAAACUAACUAAAA